AAUUAAAUGAAAUAGCGAUUUUAGGGAAAAGUUUGUCUUGUCACUGCCUCCUCAACUGGUAUUGGUUUGGCAAUCAGUGAAUAGUUUGCCAAAGAAGGAGCUACAGUUAUUAUCAGCUCUAGAGACAAAAAACACAUUGAUGCUGCAGUUGAGAAAAUUAGAAAUUCCGGAGGAAAAGCCGAAGGAUACGCAUGUCAUGCUGGCAAAAUUGAGGAUCUUUAAAAGAUGAUUCAAUUCAUCAAGGAAAAGUAUGGUCGACUAGACAUUCUUGUACCUAAUGCAGCUGUGUCAACCCAUUUCGGAUUCGCACUAGACAUGACCCCAUAAUAAUAUGAUAAAUUGUUUGAGGUCAAUCUAAGAGGAGUAUACUUCUUAAUCCAGGCUGCUUAUCCCUUACUCAAAGUAUUCAUAAUAUUCAUCUUCUAAGGAGACCAAAGAUUCUAACAUUGUUAUCAUUUCAUCUAUCGGAGGAUAUGAAUCAGAAAUGGGUUUGGGAAUGUACAGUGUUACCAAGACAGCCUUAUUGGGGAUGACUAAGGUUCUAAGCAAGGACUUGGCUCCAAUUAGAGUGAAUUGUUGUGCUCCUGUAUUUGAUGUUAGUUAUUUUUCUAGGGUUUAAUUAAAACUAAAUUUAGCUCAGUUUUAUGGGAAGGGAAAGAACAAGCAGCUACUGAGUUUAUGAAGGUGGAAAGACUGGGAUUACCAGAAGACAUUGGAAAUGCCGUAGCAUUUUUAGCUUCAUCAGAGGCUAGUUAUGUAACUGGUGAAACAUUAAUUGUGGCUGGAAGAGCAUCUCCUAGAUUGUGAGAGUCUAAGUUAUUAAAUUAAUU